CGCUAAGGGGCGGGGAGGGUGGCCCCGCCCUCCCGACCGGCUGGAGGGACUCAUCGCCGCCGCCCCCGCCGCCGCCGCCGCCUUUCCUGGCUCUGCGUGGGAUGGGGCGGGCGCGGCGGCGCGGGAGAGCAGGGCCCUCGGCGCGGGCCCCGUCCGCCCAGGCUGCGUAGCGGGUUGCAGAUUCCUUGCCAGACUAGGACAGCUCGCUUUACUGGAGAGAAAAUGGAAGGCAACAGCUCCAUUUGCAUCCAGCGCUGGUCCACCAGACACGUGGCCAAGUGGCUGAAGGAAGAAGGCUUUUGUGAGUAUGUGGAUGCUCUGUGCGAUAAGCACCGUCUGGAUGGGAUCACGCUCUUGACUCUGACGGAAUACGACUUGCGCUCCCCGCCCUUGGAAAUCAAGGUUCUGGGGGACAUCAAGCGGCUGAUGCUCUCCAUCCGCAAGCUGCAGAAGCAUCACGUCGACCUUUUGGACGAGCUGGGCUACAGCAGCGAGAGCCCCCUGGGCUCCCUGCCCCCCGUGAUCGGCUGCGUCCAGGGGAGGGAGUGGUUUUGCAACGGCGACGUGCAACGGGACUGCGAUGACUGCGAGCCGGUCUCCGAGCUGAGCGCCGAGCAGUAUCAGUACACCAACGGGAAGGGCAAGCACUCUCCCAGGAGGCUGAACCCCGAGUAUUGGAAGACGGCCCUGAGCUGCAUCUACGUCUUCAUUGUCUUCGGCUUCACCUCCUUCGUCAUGGUCAUCGUGCACGAACGAGUGCCCGACAUGCAGACCUACCCCCCACUGCCGGACAUAUUCCUGGACAGCGUCCCGAGGAUCCCCUGGGCUUUUGCCAUGACCGAAGUGUGUGGAGUGAUUCUCUGCUACAUCUGGCUGCUGGUCCUCCUCCUCCACAAGCACAGAUCUAUCCUUUUGCGACGACAAUGCAGCCUGAUGGGAACUGUGUUCUUGUUACGUUGUGUAACCAUGUUUGUGACCUCGCUGUCUGUGCCAGGGCAACAUCUGCAGUGUUCUGGGAAGUUAUAUGGCAACGUGUGGGCAAAACUUCAGCGAGCUUUUGCUAUUUGGAGUGGAUUUGGCAUGACGUUAACUGGCGUGCACACCUGUGGAGACUAUAUGUUCAGUGGCCACACGGUUGUCCUGACUAUGCUGAACUUUUUUGUCACGGAAUAUACCCCAAGAAGCUGGAACUUUUUGCAUACGUUGUCGUGGGUGCUGAAUCUCUUUGGGAUCUUCUUCAUUUUGGCUGCUCAUGAACAUUACUCCAUUGAUGUCUUCAUCGCCUUCUACAUCACGACAAGACUCUUCCUGUACUAUCACACCCUGGCGAACACCAGGGCCUAUCAGCAGAGCCGGAGGGCCAGGAUCUGGUUUCCCAUGUUCUCCUUUUUUGAGUGCAACGUCAACGGCACAGUUCCCAAUGAAUAUUGCUGGCCCUUUUCAAAGCCGACCAUACUGAAAAGGUUAAUUGGCUAAAGAAUAUUCCAGUUUAAUUCACAUCUCUAUGAAGUACUUGCAACUAACCUUCUUCAAGAAAUGCUGGGCACGAAGGAUUGUUCUCACCCACUGCACCUCCUCUGGCCUUGUUCAUCCUCUCGUGGCUGAUAGAGGUUCAGAAGAGACCGAAAACACAUUGCCAUUUUUUUUUUAAAUAUUCAGGCAACGUUGUUAAGUUGUAAUCAAGUUCUGCAUGGAUGUGGUGAGGUUAAAAUGGGGGGCUCAGCAAAUCUUAACAGCUUUCUUGUUGGGAGGAUCUUAAAUGGAUCUUUGCUGCAGGAAUAACUUCAGAUCCAGGUAUUACCUAAGCAGCUUUGGGGCCUGUUUGCACAUCGUGGGUAACCAUAAAUAGCUAUUGACAAAUUCUGGUUUGCACCCUGUAGAUGGCCCUUGACUUUGGUGUGAAUUAUGACUUAUUAACCAUUUUGAAUGGUAGACACACAGUUCAAAGGCAAGGCUUACAAUCCGGGUGGGACUAAUAGUAACAGCCGCUUAUGUCCUGCUGUUGAAAAGUAUGUUUGAACGUGAAAAAUGGCGAGCAAGCAGACGACGGAACUGCCUUGCUCAGAUUGCUUGUGGAAAGCAAUAACGCAUUGCAGGCCGGGCUCUGGUGGGAUGCGUCCAUGCUUAGCUAUGUAAGGUGUAAAUGUGAUGUGCAAGGACGUCUGUCAUAGCUUGGACACAUACUGACAAAAACAUCAUAGCCGUUCAGUAAUUGCCUCUCAAUAUUUAUUUUAGCAAAUAAAUGAGUUGGGGAACAUUCACCCGGAGACACAAGUUCCAAAGCCUUCAGUAUGAUGAAAGGGGCAGGAUUGGUGUUUUUGGUGAAUGAAACAAGGAACUGGCUGACUUAAGAUAAAUGAAUUGAUGCCCUUGUGUCAUUCAGAGGUCCUGAGUGUUUACAUUUCAUUAAACCGGUAAGAAAUAUAUUAGAAAUGAGGUUGAUUGAGAUUUUUGUGCCACAACUCUUUCAGGGCAGUAUUAAACACUUACUUAAAUCCGUGCAUGCUUUUUAAAAUGUUGAUGUUAGGGUAGUAAUCCUGUUAAAUUGGGAGGCAAGCUAAUAAUGUCGCCUUGAAUAAAGGAUGAAUGGAGGUGUCUUAAUGGGGUUUUUGUGAAGCACACGGCGAUGCACAGUGGGACGUUGGCAGAAGGUGAAAUUUAAUUAGCUGCUAGAGAAACUUCUGAGAUGCUUAUCAGUGCAGGUUAAACGAUGGAAGUUUGGUGGCUUCAGUCACCGUCACUUUUCUUGAUGAAUAGACCGAUGGCCGAAAGUAAGAAAACAAGCUAAACACUCGGCACUCGGAGCUCCUGACCGCCCUCUCUCUCUUUUUUUUUUCCUCUCUGAAACCUGCCUUUCAUAAAAGCUACUCCGUUUCAUUCUUGAUCUUUUAAACCAUCUGCUCAGUUUAAAGUUGGGAGCCCCAAUAGCCUAAAAAUGGGAGAUGGUUUUGUGGAUUAAAAGAAGUUCAGCCUUUGGAAAAAGAGUCCUGGCGAUUUGAAAUCUGGAAUGCAAGGUUUGUCACUUCCAUUGUACAAAUUGAGGUAUUCCAGGUUGUUUGCAACUGGAUUUUUUUGAAUUAUACCGUGCAAAUGGAUUAUUUGUAAUCCAUUUCUAAUUUAGACUUUUAAACCUGACAUUAAAAGUUGCACUCAAGUCAGUUAUAUAGUCUUAGUAACUUCACAGAGGGCAGUGAAUUUCAGUGACCCAAAAUAGUGCAUCUGCCCUUUGGCUUGACUACUUAAUUAAUUAAUUAAUCAAGCAACUAAUUACUCCAGUCUCACAAACGGAACCAUUUCCAGAGCUGUGAACUGGCAGAAGGCAGGCAAGAGACCAGACACACAUUCCCUUUUCAUUUCUGCUGAACAGAGCUUAAUAUUGGUAGGCAUAAAAAUACAGGACUUCGCUUUGAACUUCAAGAAAACUUAUCAAAAAUAUACUGAAAUAAAGUUAUGGUCACGUAAAACUUCCUUAUUUUAUACCUUGAAAGUAUUUUCACCCGAGAACAUUGUAAAUACCUCUAGCAAUAUUUAAUAUUGCCCCAGUAAUACAGUAUUCACGUAAAGGUCUACUUUGGUAUUUUGAAAUGAAAUCAAAUCCUUGACGAGAAUGGAUGUCCUUCUUUUUUCACAAAUUGUUCCAGAGAAUGUGCUGAAACCAAAUUCUUUCUAUAAAGCUAUUUCUGUGUUUUAUGUUUAAUUUGCGUAAAUCCAUUCCAUAAAGGCACGGAGGUCAUCUCCCAGUAUAUUAAAAUGUAGCAUGAGAUGUUUUUUUUUUUAAAUUAGAAAUACAGAAACAGUUGUUUCUAUCAGCUCAAAUGGAGAGCUUUUAUGGUUUGUAGCCGCAGUAAAAUGGACCAGUUAGUUGCAUUUUGAAUGCAACAAUAUUGCACCUCUGGUUUGGCCUAGCAGGAAAAAUUAAAAAUGAUUUUUCUUCGCCCCAUUUACAGCAACACACUGGAACGUUUACCUAAUCUUUCCUCAACAGCAAAAGUACAAAGUAGCCUUCUUUGAAGCACAGAGUGUUGGCUGUUUGAAAGAAAUCUUGGUAAAAUGUAACUUUGAAUGCCAGAGGGAAACAGCCAGUCGCUAAGUUUACAAAUGCCUUUGGUGAGGGAACAGGGGGCCUGCCCAUCACAAGUAUGGUCAAGUUUACUGGAAGCGAGGCCCUAGAAGCAGCAAUAUGGGAGCAAACGUACAGGAACACAACUUUUAAUGACCUUCUGUAGGGGUAGCCUUCAUGAGCCUUCUGUAGCUGGACACAAUCUCCAGCAGCAACUUCCUUGAUGGGACCGUUCCCCAUCGGGAGAAAACCCUGCAGAGAAUUCGGCCUCUUCAAGUCUUCACUAAUUCGUUGCUCCUUAACUUGACCCAAAGGGCCAACUUUGAAAUAAUUUUUCACUUGUGAUGAUAGUUGUAUUUGCACUUUGGAUUCUUAUCAAAAUUAGCCCUUCUAUGAACUCUAGCAGGGGAACACCUCAUAUUAAAUUUAACCCCACCUGGGUUCAUUUUUGAAGCUAUAUUUCAUACUUAUUUCCUCCAAUUGUUCCAAACUGUAAUACUGUUUACCCUGUGGAUUUCUCCUGUUUAAAACAUCAGAUUUGAUUGUUCACUUUUCACUUAAAGGAGAAAUAUUUAUUAUAUUACCAUUGAUUUUUUAAAAAAUAUUUUCAAAGCAGGAGUCUAUUUAUUUGCCUUUUUUUGUUUCCUACUCAGAGUAGAGUAGUAGUAAAGUAAGACCGACAAUUUCAAAAUCUGGCAUGUAUCAUUUUGUAAAUUGUGAGUACCUCAUGUGCUUUAAAGGAUGUCAAUGGGCAGUAAUUUUGUGUUAGAUUGAGGCCCUGGCUGAGUUAAAGUUAAAGUUUUCCUGUUGUUGUCCCCAACCAUUAUCUAGCCCAGAGGUCUUCAAACUUGGCCCUUUUAUGACUUGUGGACUUCAAUUCCCAGAAUUCCUCAGCCAGGCAUACUGGCUAAGGAAUUCUGGGAGUUGAAGUCCACAAGUCAUAAAAGGGCCAGGUUUGAAGACCCCUGCUUUAGGAUAUCUGACUAUAAACAAAAAACUAUACACAUCUACAGCUCUUAUUUCUUAAACCAAAAGGAGAAUAUCGAUUGGGCUAAAGUGGUUCACUUUCAUACAUGGCACAAAGAUUUUGGUUUCAGGUUUUCCCCUGUCCCUAAAACACGGUGAUGUUUUAAGACUUGAAUAUUCCUUUCACAUAAUGGUUUGAAGUACAGAUGUUGUGUAAGUAAAGAGGGGAUUAGUUCCAAUGUGAACAUGGAUUUAAUUUAUAUUGUUUUGUAUGUCCCGUGUUAUACUGUUGAAGCAUUCAAUAAAAUCUGAAAGAUUAACUAAGCGAUA